AUGUCAGGAGAGAUGGAGAAGCCGUUGAUCAGCCACCACAGAAAUGGUGACAGCAGCCUUGCUGUGGUUUGUCCUGAAGCCCUGGACAUCCUGGGCAGCAAAGUCUUUGCCCUCUCACUGGCUACAAGUCUGGUGGCCUCUGGGUUCAGCAUUGUGGUGGGGACGAACCCCAAACGUUCCUCCAGGCUAUUCCCUUCCACAGUCCGUGUGACUUUCCAGGCAGAAGCAGUGAGCCCUGCCAAUGUCAUCUUUAUGACUAUGAUUGAGGCUCUCAGCAACCAGAUGUCCAUCAUGAUACUGGUAGACAUAAGCAACCCCACAGAACAGGAGCACCAUGAGCACCACCAGUCCAAUGUUGAGUACCUGGCUUCCCAUUUCCCUACCUGCUUGGUGGUCAAGGCCUUCAGUGUCAUCUCUGUCUGGAUGCUGCAGGCUGACCCAAGGGAUGGAAACAGACAGGUGCCCAUCUAUAGCGAUCAGCUGGAAGCCAAGUGCACAGUCUCUGAGCUAGUGUAUGCCUUGGGUUUCACGCCAGUUGACAUGGGGUCCCUGGUGUUGGCAAGGGAGGUGGAGGCCAUUCCCCUGCCUGACUGGAAGGUCUCCACCCUCCUGGCACUCAGGCUGUUUGUCUGCUUCUAUGUCUGCAACUUUGUGUGGAAUGUGCUGGAGUGCUAUAUGAAAAAGUACAAUAACAAGUUCUGCUACAUCCCAGUGUCUGUGGUCAACACAAUACUGCCCUGUGUGGCCUAUGUACUGCUCUCGCUGGUCUAGCUGGCCAGAGUGCUCACGGCUGUCCUACAGCUAUGGUGUGGCACCAAGGACCUGUGUUUCCCAGACUGGCUGCUGUGCCCUAAGCAGAUUGGACUUCUAAACUUCUGUGUAGCCCUACAUGCACUCUACAGCUUCUGCCUGCCUCUGUGCUGCUCCCACCAGUACCAUCUCACCAACCAGGCCAUCAAGCAGAUCUUGGCCAAUAAUAGUCAAUUCUGGAUCGAGGAGGAAGUCUGGCAGAUGGAAAUCUACCUCUUUCUGGGAAUUCUGGCCCUUGACACACAGUGCCUGCUGGCCAUUGUUUCCAUCGCAAAUUCACUCAACUGGAAGGAGUUCAGUUUCUUUCAGUCUAACCUGGGCUUCAUGGCCCGGGUGCUAAGCACCUUACACACACUCAUCUAUGGCUGGAACUGUGCUUUCAAGGAGAGCCACUGCAAGUUCUACCUGCCUCCCAUCUUCAUGCUCACACUGCUGGCCUGUGUGGUCUUCCUGGCCAGAGGCCUGCUACUCCUGCCCUGCUUCAGCUGCAGACUCAUCAGGAUCCGGAGGGGCUAGAAGAAGCCAGGUGCAACCGAGCUCUUUCUACCUGCUGGCCCCACAUUUGAGCAGAAGAGAAGCCAUGUGUGA